AUGGCUUCUCAACAUCUUGCUCGCUUAACCCUUUUCACCCGUGCAGGGUGUGGUUUAUGUGACACUGCCAAGCAUACAGUGACCCAAUUGCAAAAACGACGGCCCUUCGAAUACGUGGAGAAGGAUAUCAUGGAUGCCCAAAACAAGCUCUGGAAGAAUGUAUACGAGUUUGAUGUUCCUGUUCUGCACGCCCAGUCUGUCAAGAACGGUUUACCCAAGGAGGCCGAACUUUCCGACGCACGAAAGCUGUUCCAUCGAUGGACCGAACAAGAGGUUGAGAAGUUGGUCGACGAGGCCGAGAAAUGA